AUGCAGGGGUGCAGCGGCGAGCAGACGUCUAUAGCAGACGAGGAUGCGGCUGUGCCGGCUGUGGCGCCACGCGUGCAGAGGCUGGAGAUCCUGAUCAGGCUGCGGAAGUUGUACAGGAACCUGCUACGCGCAGACGGCCUCCUGGCCCAGCCAUCCCCUGUGUACCAACCCUACCAGCGGCCAGCGGGGAAGCGAAAAGGGAGCGAGGAGGAACUGGCAGAGGAAGAGGAGGAAGAGGAGAGGGAGCGGCAGGAAGCAGCCAUAGAGUUGGUUGGAGAGAUGCAGCUGACUGCAGAGCAGCUCAAGGCAAGUCUCUUUUGUCUCCAAAAGGCGUUAAUCACUGCCGCGGGGUUGCGGGGUCUUCUAGCAAACGGCAGCGGCUUUGGCGAGGUCGUCUUUGCGGCCGGCACCGGGGCGGAUGCGGAGGGGCGGAUUACCAAGCGCGCGCGGGAAGUCGCCGCGCAGCUGGCCGAGCGCGUGCGCAAGGAGACGCGGCUGCUGCCCUUCCCCACGCUGGCGUCGGCGCAGGCGGCGCUGGACGCGCGCAACGCUCGGUAUCGGCUGAGCCCGGGGCGGCAGUCGACGGACGAGGAGGAGGCGGCCGAGCGAGUCAAGGGGCGCAUCGAGCAGGCAGAGCGCGCCGUCGAGAAAUUCGUCACGCGCAAGCUCAAGGCAGUGCAGCCGGGGCUUCAAAAAGCGCGGGCUACGCCAGUUAGCACGGUGGUGGGCGGUCUCAGCAGCAGCGCGGCGUACGCCAAGGGCCUCUGGGUGCGGCUGAACGGCGGCGGUGGCCGGCGGGGGGCCGAGGCCGGGGGGACCCUUCCCUCCGCCGGGGGCCCCCUGCCGAUCCCGGUGGCCACGCGCACGCAGCGGGCGGCCGCCAUUUCGGCACUGUCAAAGGACAUCGAUGCUCUGGAGCAGAAGCUGCAGGAAGCCAGCAAGGUGAGGGAAACGAAGGUGAGGAGGGCGGGCAUCGGGGGGCGCGCGCGAUUGGCCGGGGAGCUGCGCGAUAUGGAUGAUGAGGUGGGGGCACUGAGCCGAGCGCUGGCGAUCCGGACGCUGCAGCUGGAGCUGGAGUACAUCUACGGCUGCCUGGAGGACGAGGCACUGGACAUCGGCCAGGGCACUCAGAACCCCUCCUUCCUCCUCUCACGCCAGGGCACGAGCGAUGAGGUGGCUUUGUUGGUGGCGGAGUUUGCGCUGCUGGACACCCCCAUAGCGGGCAUGGGGGCAGCAGUGGAGGCAGGGAACGCGCUCGCCGUGGACGAGGCCGACCUGCGCCGCCUGGCCGCAGACAUCCCCGACCUGCGCACGCGCCUCGGCAUCGGGGAUGCGGAGGUGUUUGCCGGUACCGGCUGGACGUGGGUUCGCGCACAGGCGGCAGUCUCCGACGGAGUUGCCAAGGUGCGUGACGGCGUGAUGUUUUUCACUCGCGGAGUGCGGCUGCUGGGGCAGGACUGCUCCUCGGCCGGCCGCCUCUUCUACCGCGCCGGCGCCGGAGCAUCCCUCAAGCCCCGCGAGGUGAUGGCGCUGCGGCGGACGGCGCGGGAUGUUCUCACGUUCAUCCCUUUUGCAGUAAUUCUGAUUGCCCCUCUGACGCCCGUGGGCCACGUUCUCAUCUUCAGCUUCCUGCAAAAAUACUUCCCCGGAUUCUUCCCCUCGCAAUUCACCACCCGCCGCCAGGAGCUCAUGACAAGGUAUGAGGAGCUGAAGCGGCAGCUGGGGGAGGCGCAGGAAGCUGCGCAGAUAGAGGACGAGGAAUUCGAAGUUGCGCGCGCGGCCGACGCCCUCGCGCGGCUCACCGCCCCGGCCGGCGCGAAGCCGGGCGCGGCCGCAGCCGCCGCUGCGGCGGCCGGUGCCGGGCCGGCCGCGCAGACCGGCGGGGACGGCGGCUACACCAGCAGCUCCAAGCAGGUCCAGUGGGAGUCGGAUGAUGAUGAGAGGGAGGGCCCUGCAGCGAGGGCAGUCAGGACACUGGAGCAGCAGGUGGCGGCAGCUGCAGAGGAAGCCACCACUGGGAGCAUUGAGGAGGGCUCAAAUUCAAAUUCAAACUCAAAAGAGCGAAGGCUCGGGCAUUGA